AGAUGCGACCGCUUUCCAAUGACGUAAAUCGAAUGAUAGCCAAUUAAAAAGCUACUAGACCGAUUGCCGGUUUCUUCUUCUUGCCGUGCUUUGAGAAUUGGUUGGUUGGUGAAAAGAGAGGUGUGCGGUCGAUCCCAGACCGACUGCCAUCAUGUCUACGAAUUUUUCCCCCAUGGAUACAGAUGUCCCUCGCUUGCGUUUCCAGUUCCAAUCUGGCUGCCAGUUUUUGCUUAAUUUGCUGCGAGAUACCGAGAUCGCCCUACCCUUCAAUGCAGAAUCUCCUCUUACGCCAGACUCCAGCUUGACUCAAGGUUUCAGAAACGUCAGCGGUUUAGCAGGGGAUACACCAAGACGCUGUCUAGAGCUGUCCAACCUCAGUAACGGUGGAGAGGAAACUGCCUUCAAUUUUAGCCAGUCUCCAAGAACACUGGAAGCUGCUCAGAAGGAUUCAGCAGAACCUCAGGAUAAUCUCAGAGACUCAUGGAGACAGUGUGCAAACCUACUUGAGACGGAAGUACUGUGCAGCACACCAGGCACCCCGGGUUGCAUCCACCGAAUUAAUUGGGAGAUCAACAGCCCUCCUAUGAACAAGGAGAAUGAAAGGGGAAGCCUAGAGGAGUAUGAAAUGAAGGAUCUUGGCAGCCCAAUUACUGUGGUGGCAGCACAAAGAAUGCCAGAGGCAUUGAAUGGCUUUCCAGAGCUCUGCCCUGAAGAAUUGGAAGAGAUUGAGAAGCCGCUUGCUGGCCAUCUUUCCAGUAUGGCUGUCCUGUUUUCUGAACCCCUUCUCUCCCAAGACAUCAAUGUCAGUGAGGUUUCAGUGAACAAGAUCCGUCUCUUCCGAUCACCAUCACUGCCAGAGAAACUGAACAGGCCUGUGUUGAAGCAAACAGUCAAGAACCAUGGUGAUGAAACUCCCAUGAAAGUGAAGCAAAAGCACAGCCCAGUCCAAGAACAGCUGGAUGGGAUUGUGCUUUUGAAAAAAACAGCCUCCUUUUCUGACAUUGAGAUUGUCAGAGUGCUAGAUCAAGACUUCGGCCGCAGACAGCUAAUUGGAGAUCUCUCAAAUGUGUUUGCACUGCCAACAGUAAUGGGAAAGCAUCAAGACCUGAGAUAUAUCACCUCGCAAACUAUGGCUGCUUUGCUCCAUGAUCAGUUCCAGAGCCUUAUAGAGAAAUUCUGCAUCAUUGACUGUCGGUACCCCUAUGAGUAUCAUGGAGGGCACAUCAAGGGAGCAUUUAAUAUCCACAGGCAAGAUGAUCUCUUUGAGCAUUUCCUGAAGAAACCUCUUCUCACAUCAGCACCACAGAAACGUCUUAUACUUGUGUUCUACUGUGAAUUCUCCUCUGAAAGAAGCCCCAAGAUGUGUCGUUAUUUGAGGGAAGAAGAUAGAACCAUGAAUGAGUAUCCUGCACUACACUACCCUGAACUGUAUGUCCUUCAGGGCGGCUACAAAGACUUCUUUCUAGAAUACAAGGAGAUGUGUGAGCCUCAAAGUUACUGCCCCAUGCACCAUCAGGAUUUCAAGACAGAGAUGCUCAAAUUCCGUGUCAAAAGCAAGACACGGGCAGGAGGACGAAAAAGAAGGGAUCAAAUUGCUCAUCUCAUGAAGCUGUGAGGCAUCACAAGCAAUAAGCAAGAGGGGUUCCCCAGUAAAGGGAAAGCUUGGGUUUCUGUAACUGAUGAUUCUGCACAGAGGCUAGGAAGGUGAACAUGCCAGGACCAAGUGGAUCUGGCCAUUGUGACAAUGCGGAGAGCUCAGAAAUGGGGUACAUCGAUUCCACAAGCUUAAUCUGGGUAAUAUUGUGCUUGAAUGCAGAGUAUCAUAGCAAAAGAGAUCCAGUAGAAUUGAUAACAUUGUGGGGGAAACCAGUGUUUGGUUCACAGGGGUGGCCAACAUUCAGACUGUCUCCUGAAAUGCUGUCUGAAGGUAGCUGGUAGUGUUAUGUAGCCCAGGUCCAAAGACUAGCUGCUGGAGGGAGACUGUAUUUAACAUUGUGUUAUAUUUUCACUUAAGUGUCUGGUUUUAAUGAAACAAUAAAAUGUUCUGGAAGAUG